AUGGCUUCAGCAUUUGGUUGGUUCGGUCCUCUCAUCGACCUCUCCAAAGCCUCUUCUCACAUCGCCCAUUUCGUUCAGCUUCUCGUCUUCGUUCAUCGUUCCUUCCCCGUUCAGUGCAAGUCCUCCAAACGAGAAAUAAUCCGAACCGACAUUGAAGUCGGCGACGAUACGAUGCCGUAUUUCGUAGUUUCUCUUUGGCAGAAGCAGAUGCGCUCCAUGGUAGCAGCCGGCGAUCUCGUCUUGUUACAGAAUUUCAAAAUCGCGAAAUAUGGCGAUGCUGUUGAGGCCAGAACCGUUCAGUGGUCUUCGCUGAUUUGCUUGGUCCAUCCUCACCAAUUACUGCUCUCAAAGGCUGUUGAAGAGUUGGUAACAGGGUGCCGUAUUGCGGCAACAACGAAGGACAAGCUUAGGAGGGUCAUAAAGUGGGUGCAGCAGUCUCGGUCCACUGUUUGCAAUAUUAAGUUGCAGUCCAAUCAAACGCAACAAAUAGAGCAUCUGCCUAGAAACUGGACGGUGCCUGAAGAGGAAAAGCCUAGGGACUGCUUUUCACUCGUAGAAGUCUCUCAGUUAACAACAUCCUGCAAGGCUAUAGUCUGUGCAUCUAUUGGUGAAAUUGUUCCACUACAUACCACCAGGACUCUUGUUGAUACCAAGAAAGAGAAGUUUUUCAUUAGCAAGAGAGUUUACAGAACUGAGGAUAGUAACUUGGUGGAAGAUCUCAUAUGCACUGGCUGCCAGCUCUGUGGUUCACCCUUGGAUUCAAAAUUUGAGCACAGUGCUGUUCCACUGAUCUGUUGGAAAAGUUCAACCCGCCUUCAUUCAAUAUGCUCGAUAUAUAGACCCUUCAUGCAGCUGUACGUGUGGGACGAAUCUGAUUAUAUGCCAGUUCUCGUUAAAAACUGGGCUGCAGAAAUUUUGUUUGGGAACAUCAAAGCUGGAAAAGUAUAUUCAGCUUAUAAAGAACAGAUGCAUAACCAAACUCUUGGUCCAAGAACUGAAUGUAAGGAUCAAGAUGCCAGUGAAAGAGUUGCUAUUAACCAGAGAUGCUUUGGGGAAGGACUUCCAAGUGCCAACACGUUGGAGGUCGAUAAAAGCUUAAAAUUGGAGGAAACACAUCUUCCUGAUAAAUUCAACUUUUACCGUGUCUGGUUAAUUCUUCUGAAAAUGUUGCUGAAACAAGGGAAGAACAGCCCUCUGAAAUUUGAGAUCAUUGUUGAUCCCAGCUUAGAUAUGGAAAAUGGAAAAUUUGAAAUGGUUUCUGUAACAAUGCCUUGCUUUGGAACCUAA